GCAGCAGCUGCCCGAGGAGGACUGCAUGCAGCUGAACCCGUCCUUCAAGGGCAUCGCCCUCAGCUCCCUGCUGGCCAUCGACAUCUGCAUGUCCAAGCGGCUGGGGGUGUGCGCCGGCCGGGCCGCGUCCUGGGCCAGCGCGCGCUCCGUGGUCAAGCUCAUCGGCGUCACGGGCCACGGCAUCCCCUGGAUCGGGGGCACCAUCCUCUGCCUGGUGAAGAGCAGCACGCUGGCCGGCCAGGAGGUGCUGAUGAACCUGCUGCUGGCCCUGCUCCUGGACAUCAUGACGGUGGCCGGCGUGCAGAAGCUCAUCAAGCGGCGCGGCCCGUACGAGACGAGCCCCAGCCUCCUGGACUACCUCACCAUGGACGUGUACGCCUUCCCCGCCGGGCACGCCAGCCGCGCGGCCAUGGUGUCCAAGUUCUUCCUUAGCCACCUGGUGCUGGCCGUGCCCCUGCGCGUCCUGCUGGUGCUCUGGGCCUUCUGCGUGGGCCUGUCGCGCGUGAUGAUCGGCCGCCACCACAUCACGGACGUCAUCUCCGGCUUCAUCAUCGGCUACUUGCAGUUCCGCCUGGUGGAGCUGGUCUGGAUGUCGUCCAACACCUGCCAGAUGCUCAUCUCCGCCUGGUGAGCGCGCCCAAGAGAGGGCGCCGGGGCGGCGGGCGAGAGCUGGCCUCGUCCUCCCGGUCCAGUUGGAGGCUGGCGGCCUCAGGCCGGCCUUCACAGUGCUGGGUCUCCGGCGCUUUUGCUUGGAUGCCAAGCGUGCGGGUGACAGGCCCGUUUAGCUUCUGCUCGGGAGACAACAGCAAGAGCCCGGAUGGCAGGAGGGGCUGCGUCUCGUCCUCAUCCUCAUAACUGCUGAGUUCUUGGCUGUGCCCCUCAUGCCACAGCACGAUGCCCGUCCGCACGGCCCCACCCGCUGCCCGACGCAUGUGCCGUUGCCUUUAACGGCCAUCGAACGCCCAGGGCAGCACUUUCUGGCGGGCGCCCCGCGGGAUGCCAGUCUUCGAGCCGACUCGGGGGUGCAAAAGAGUUCUCUGGUCCAAAAAGUUGGGGAAGCGUUGCAAACUCUACCAUGUGGGACAUUCACGAGGGCUAUUCUUGCCAUAAAGGCUCUGACAAGUCCUGUAGAAAAAGCUUCCUGCCGAGCCUUGUCUAACCCAUGUUUCCCAAACUUAUUGGACCACAGAACCCUUUUCUCGAGAAACAGCUCUUCAGCACCAAGGAACCGCCGUGUCCUCAAGCGCAUUUGGGAGCUGCUGCCUGGGAGCUGAAAGGCCUGAGGGGCGAGCUGGCCUCUCCCAGCACCCCGCCCCAGAGCUGGGGAGACCAGGGCACACGCUGCAGCCCAGGAAAGCACGGGCCAUGGCCCAUGGGCAUCGAUGCGGCUUUGGCCCCCAGGGGCCGGACUCCGUGUGACCUAAUAGGUCGUUCCCAAGUCAACCGUUUAUGGAUGUGCAUUUCACGGGACAAUACAGGUGAUAUGCAAACGGA